CAUAGUUAAACCUUUUUUGGAAGUUACCAAAAUCCUUUGAAAAAAAUUUCACCUUCGCUCUUCUCUUUCGCCACGACACCUUCAGCUUUGUUCUCAGUCCAUCAUCUACACUUCUCCUUCACAGCUCUCGCCCACCAUCAUUCCCUCUCUCAACACUGAAUCAUUCCACAUUUUUUUCCUACUUUCUUCAAGGCAACUAUUUUGUCAGCAUGGAUGUAGCACAUUGCUAUUUAGAAGGUAAUGCAGAUGCUGUGGAGUUUUGUCCACAUGAUAGGCACCACAAUGUUUUAGCUGCAUCCACUUACACACUACAAGAAGGUGAUCAACCCAGUAGAUCUGGAAGCAUUUCACUCUUUAAUAUUGAUGCGGACACAGGCAAGUUUGACACAGUUUAUAGUGAGGAGACUAGUGGGAUUUUUGACAUAAAGUGGAAUCCACCGGCAGGGAACAUAAGUCCUUUUUUAGGUCAAGCAGAUGCUGAUGGAUACUUGAGAAUUAAGAUGCUGGAUGGUUGCUCUGAUGGAAUACAAGGGGCUAAUCUAAAAGAGAUUACAAGUGAGAAAGUCAGUAACUCUAUGUGCUUGUACCUGGAUUGGAAUCCUGCAUCCACAUCCAUCACAGUAGGGCUUUCUGAUGGCAGUGUUUCUAUUGUUUCUCUUCAUGAAUCCAAGCUGGAAAUACAAGAAGAGUGGAAGGCACAUGAUUUUGAACUUUGGACAACCUCUUUUGAUAUCCAUCAGCCAAAUUUGGUAUAUACUGGCUCCGACGAUUGCAAGUUUUGUUGUUGGGAUUUGAGGGAUAGUCCUUCCAAACUUGUAUUUAAGAACUCUAAGGUCCACAAAAUGGGUGUUACUUGCAUUGAAAAGAGUCCUCAUGACCCAAAUACCUUAUUAACUGGAAGUUAUGAUGAAUUCUUGAGAGUGUGGGAUUUAAGAUCAAUCUCAAAACCUGUUAAUGAGACUUCAAUUAGCUUAGGUGGAGGAGUUUGGAGGGUGAAGCAUCAUCCCUUCAUCCAAGGCCUUGUUUUGGCUGCUUGCAUGCAUAAUGGUUUUGCAAUUGUUGCUAUUAAAGGCGACAAAGCUGAAGUGUUGGAAACGUACAAGAAGCAUGAUUCCCUUGCAUAUGGAGCAGACUGGCAGAAAGGAGAAGCAAAUCACACGAAAGGGAGCAGUAAACCAGUAGUGGCUACUUGCUCUUUCUAUGACAAACUUGUCAGGGUAUGGAGGCCAUGUAAUGAUAUUAAUAUUGUCUUAUAAAUUCAUGUUUAACUUUGAGCCCUCAAUUUUUAAAUGUAACAAUAACUGUUUUAUUUAAUCAUGGUUGCAUUAUUAAACAAAGAAAUAUGUCACUAUUUUUUUGCAGCUAAAUAUUAGUAUUUCAAACUCACUCA